AUGGCUUUCUUAUUUCUAAUAAUAAAGAAAAUAUUUGUCUUUAAAUUAUAAAUAUCCAUCACAAAUGAAUAAGCUUCAUAACAAGCUUCUCUGAAAAUAAACAUUGUAUGCUUCAAUAUACUUGGCAGAAAGUGAUGCUGCUGUUAGGAACACAAGGCAUUUAUGCUUCUGUCUGUUAAUGAAUUCCAAAUAAUUGUAAAGAAAUCGUAACCAAUAUGAUGUUUGUUUGUUUCAACCAGGAAGUGCUUUAGUGUCUAAUCUUCUGUUUUUCCUUCACUGUCUCUAAUUUUCAGUGUGAUCAACUGCCCGUAUUCUGAAAUAAACCUGAACAAAGAACAUACUCUUUCGGACCGUUUAAGUGGGGAGACCCCUUUAAAUAAUCCACCUAUGCAUUGGAAUCGAAAAUCAGAAAUAAAUGAAAGAUCAGCCUCUCCUAUAAUCAAUAACAGAAAAUGUCCUAGUCCCACUCACACUGGAGUAAAGCCUGCACCUCAUUUACAGUCUUCAAAGGAGGAAGAUACAGAUGUGAAACUUCUUUGCAAAAAGCCUUUAGUGUGUGAUGUCAAAGAAGAAAACUGCAGGGGAGAACAUGCCAAGGAACUCACUGGGAAAGUUGGCUGCGAAGAAAGAAAAAUGGAAAAUGAAGUAUUAUCUAUAAAUGAAACCAAAGACAGCAAGGAAACCAAUAGCAGAAGUUCCCAUCCACAGCCAGUCAUUUUAUCUUCCAAACUCACAAUUCCUGCAUUUCCAUUGCGGUGGGAACAGCACAGUAAGCUCCUUCCUACAGUGGCUGGGAUUCCUGCCAGUAAAGUUUCUAAAUGGAGCACAGAUGAGGUCUCAGAGUUCAUUCGGAGUUUGCCAGGUUGUGAGGAGCAUGGCAAAGUAUUCAAAGAUGAGCAAAUCGAUGGGGAAGCUUUUCUUCUAAUGACUCAAGCAGACAUUGUCAAAAUAAUGAGUAUUAAACUGGGACCAGCCCUAAAAAUCUUCAAUUCCAUCCUGAUGUUCAAAGCUGCUGAUAAAAACUCUCAUAAUGAACUCUGAUAAAAGGUCUACAAGACAACCUCUGCACUCCAGCCAAUGUUUUACCCAAAGCACAAAGAUACAGAAAGAUAACCUAGGAUGAACAUUUCAAAAAGAAAAAGUCUUAAGUGCAUGAAAUAAAGAUAUUUUCCAAAAACUAGGGCAACUGGACACUUCUGAGAAGUGCUUAAGGUUUUUAGCAACACAAAAAUUUAGUAGAGCAGGUACGUAAAGUUUGCCAAUCUGGUGGUUUUAAUUUUCCUACAAUUAGCCACCUUAAUUUAAUUGGGGAACCAGUAACUAAGGGAACCUAUUAGAAUCAUGGUUAUAUUAGCCUUUUUUAAAGAGUCACAAAAUAUAUACUUUGUGAAUUUAUCCAUUGGGCUUAGUUAAUCUCUUUGUCCUCUUUGACCAUUUUCAUAAGAAAUUGUUCACAAUUUAAAAAUAUUUGAGGUGCAAUUAGUUAAUGGAAAUGGUUCUCUUUAAUUUUGCACUACUCUGAAAACUGCUGUGGGCUCUGGUUGGUUUAUUCUAAGAAAACAUUGCUGAAGAUCAGUGCUGGUUUUUUUAAAAUUAUUUUUGCAUGGUUAAAAGAAAAAGAAAUACUUCCAAUAGCAUAUUUGGUAUGAAAUUAUUAAUAAGAACUACAAAAGGUUAAUGUAAUUAUAUUUCAUGUUGCAUUAUGUUACUUUAGUUCAUUCUAUUAAAAGAGAUACAAAUUCAAUGUGCAUAUGCAGAAUAAAAAUAAUCCUGCAUUGUAAAAUUUUAUAAAGAAUUAAAUUGGUUGAAAAGAAAUAUUAACUCAAUCUAAAAAUAGCAGUAAAGGAGAAGUUAAAACAGUUCUAUCCAAUUUAAAAUGAAUUUGUAAAAGUUAGGUCACUUGACUUUAACAUGUGCAAUAGAAAACAAUGUGAAACAAGAUCAUCAAGGAUUAUAUUGCAUUGUUCUGUUCAGUCUUUUUUAUAAAUGUUGCACCUUUUAUAUUUUGUUCUGAUUUUUUACACUUAAAAUUGCAUUUAAAAUUGUUAUCUUCAUAACUGCCAAAAUGUGAAAGAACUUUUGUAUGACUCAUUU